AUUAUCAUGCUCCAUACCAACACACCGACACGACUGGAGGACGACCCUGAUCAGUAGAUGGUAUAGGACUGGUGGGAAGUAGUCAGAUUUAUAGAAUCUCUACCCGCCAUAUCGGAAUGAGUAAGGAGAUCUAUAAGAAGUGUUUGGGUCGCGUUGUUGCUAAUCCGCUCCUGUUAUCCGGCAUAAACCUGGCCAAAAGAGUAAACCUCUUUCAGGCAAUGCAAGAUCUAGGAAAGCCAUGCGACAUCGCGACGUUAGCUAAAGAAACACAUCUUAAAGAACCGUAUGUUGCUGAGUUGAUGAAAUCAUACGUUUCGUCUGAGGUGGUACAAAUGACAGCUCAAAGAAAGGUUUUAGUUCCAGAUUGGACAAUCUUUAAGGAAAUGUUUCUUUCCCGUGAAUUAGGAUAUAUUCUGCCGUUUCAAAAGGUGGCACCUUGAAAAGUGUUUUACAGACGCUGGUCCCUCCGGCUACAGUCACGAUGAGGCCCCGUACGUUAUGAACUACGUUCGGUCUCUCCGGGCAAAUUACAACAAUUCCAUAGCAAAGGAACUCUCUCAGCUGAUAGCAACUCACGCAGAAAAACAUAAGAACGUCCUAGACGUGGGGUGUGGGACGGGCGACAUAACAACUCCCCUCGCCGAGGCACUUCCAGCGUCCGCAGUUACAGGCUGCGACCUUUCGGAGAAGGCGAUUACGGAUGCAAAGCUGGGCUCUUUUACAGUCAAAAACGUCAGCUACGGCAUUGAAAACAUCUCUAAAUUGCCAGAAGACUGGACCAAAAAAUAUGAUGUGGUUCUUAUGUUUGACGUCCUCCAUGACCUCCAGCACCCCGAGGCAGCUAUAAAGCAGGUUCUGAAGGUGCUUGCGGCCGACGGAAUCGUCAUCAUUGUUGAUCCGAAGGUGAGCAGCGACCCGUUGAAAAACGUUGGAAACAUUCAGGCGGCACAGGCACUUACACUCAGCUCGUGGUGGUGUAUUCCAAGUAGCUCGUGCGACCACGGUUCUGGUCUUGGCGUGGGCUGGGGAUGGGAAAACAAGGAGGAGUUCCUGACGAAGGCGGGUUUGGUGAUCAAAAGUCGUGUCUGUAUCAUCAACAGCGACUACAAUUAUGCGUACGUCUGUAAACGGAAAUUGGGCAGUUACGGAAGUAGGGCAGUACACGGAAGUGGGGCAGUAGACAGAAGUAGGGCAGAACGUAAAGAGCCGAUACAUUGAUACUUGAUAUAUUAUCUCGAUAUAUGCCUACAGCGAUUGUAACA